AGCGGAAGUAAAGGACUCUUACAAAAGACAAAGGUGCCUUAUAAAAACGUCUGCUUCGGUCUUUUCCAUUUACUUCUGUUUAAAUUAUUUCAUUUUUACAUUAUUAGUUACAUUGGGCCAAAAGCAGCAGAAAUGGUCACAGAGAAGUGUUUCGCUAAAGGAAGUCCUGCCCCUGGUCCAGUGCCCAAAGGCCACAUUAGACUGUACAGCAUGAGGUUCUGCCCAUUUGCCCAAAGGACAAGGCUGGUGCUCAAUGCUAAGGGCAUUAAGUAUGAAACCAUUAACAUCCACCUGAAGGAAAAACCGGAAUGGUUUCUGGAGAGGAACCCUCUUGGACUUGUGCCUGCUAUUGAGACCGAGACUGGUGAGGUGGUGUACGAGUCUCCCAUCACCUGUGACUACCUGGAUGAGGUCUACCCCCAGAACAAACUGCUUCCUUCAACUCCUUUUGGAAAGGCUAAGCAGAAGAUGAUGCUGGAGUAUUUCUCCAAGGUUAUUCCUUGUUUCUACAAAAUUGUUACAGCAAAGAAAAAUGGUGAAGAUGUGUCUGGACCAGUCGAUGAACUGACAGAAAAGUUUGAUAAAAUGGAUAAGAGUCUGGUUAAAAAGAAGACCAAAUUCUUUGGUGGUGACUCCAUUACAAUGAUUGAUUACAUGAUUUGGCCGUGGUUUGAAAGACUUGAGUCCUUUGAUCUCAAACAUCUCCUGGACAGUACUCCUGAGCUAAAACAGUGGUAUGGCCGAAUGUGUGAAGAUCCUGCGGUCAAAGCUAGUGCACACAGCACCGACGCCCACAAGGCAUUUUUCAAGUCUGCAUUUAUUGAUGGCAAACCAGACUAUGACUAUGGCCUGUAAACUCUGUGGUCUACUUGAAAACCCAUUCGCUUCUAUCAGUUGUUUUUGACAGCAAGACACUUGACUUGAGCUAUUUUUAAUAAAAAUGUAAAACACUGA